UUGCGCCCCAAUCACCUCAAUUAAACCAUUUAUCCAUUAGCUAAUUGCUAGACUGAUUUUUCUCUCAAUGGUCAUUCAACCAUGCGACGGUGACGCUAAAGAAUGUCGUUGCGGGGCCCAAUGAAGCGUUCGCACCUGCGGCAGGUGAGCGCCGCCAGUAUCGACACGCUUUCCAGCUCGCGCACCGCCGAGCUUCCUCGUGGCACGCCCCGGGAUCGCUCCUCCACUCCCGAUGAUAAGGCAGCCCGACUCUCAUCCACCGGACUGGACCGCCGUCAAUGCUCCCUCUGGGUCCAUGAUGAGACCUUCUCCAAGGAGGAGAUCCUGUUCAACCAGGCCGCCUUCAGCGACACCGGCGUGCAAGUGGGCGAUGUCAUUGAGAUAUUGCCCGCGCGCUUUUCGGGCGAUGCCCCCUAUGCCGCUAAAGCAGACAUGGGAGCCCGGUCGCUGCGCGAGAGUCAUGUCGACCUGAACUCGUCGCUGCCGGCGAACCCCAUGUCCAAGUUUAAGACUCCGUUACAGAGUCGAUGUCUCUUCGUCGUCAAGCCGCUCCCACAGGAGAUCAAGACCCGUCACCCGAAGCUCGAGUUAUCGGUCACAAGCAGCGUCGCCAACAUCUUCGGGUUCAAGAACCGCUCCGCGGUUCACAUCUCCAUCGUGGAGCGUGCGCAAUGCUCAGCCUCUCAUGUGGAUAUCUCCUUCCGCGAUCAGUACCUGGUCCGUUCGGACAUGUGGAGACUGGUCAUGUCAGAGUUAUCGGAGAAGAUCGUCUACAAGGGCCAGAAGAUCGUGUUCAUGGGGAGUAUCAAGGCCACGGUCAAGAAUAUCUUCAUUCGGGGCAAGAAGGUCCUGUCGGGCUUCUUCUCUCCGCAGACUAUUCCCGUCUUUCGAAGCGAAUCCGCCAAAUAUGUCCUCUUCAUUCAGAUGUCGAGAGAGAUGUGGGACUUUGACUCUGAAGGUACAGGGGAUAUUCUCUUUAGUAGGGUCAUCAAUGGCUUCCUGCCGGAGUUGUUCAAGCGCUGGGCCAAUUCCGACGCGAGACAUCUGGUCACCAUUGUGUUGUUUACGCGCGUGGAAUAUGAUCCGUCGGCCAUUGGGCCCUCCUCUAGUCUUACAUCAGAGAGUUUGCACAACAACUUCACGCCAAAUGGUGCGCCAACUAGGGACUUUUACCGUGUGGUCGUAAAUGAUAUGGCGAGUGGCCACUGGACCACCAUUCUAGAUGAGCUGAAGAAGGACUUUCGAACCUUUCUGAGGGACGUAUCGAUCCUCAAGACUACAGACGACAUCAAAACGCCCACCAUCGAUGGGGUUAAGGUGGCCCCUCGAGCCCAAUCUGCCAUCAUUGCGGGACGGCCCAGCACUGCGCUUCGCGGGAACAUUCUCGAAGCAAUUCAUUUGGCAUCUUCCCAUCUGGCGUAUGAUCAUAUCGACCGCGACAUGGUGCAUACGGGAACAUCGAUCAUCGUCAUUACGCCAGGAAGUGGCGUCUUCGAGGUGUCAUAUGAGUCUCUAGCUUCCACAACGGAAGCACUGACGAAUCGAGGUAUUGCCAUUGAUUUGGUCUGCCUGAGUCCCAUGCCGCUGCAUUCCGUGCCACUGUUCAAAUACCGCGAGCCGGCACAGAAAACACAGAGCCCUUCGUAUGGAGGGGACAUUCAGGACGGUGGCUAUUCGCCUGAAAUGCGUCUGUCGUUUGCAAGUCUAGCCAGCAGGGGCUCGCACCUCUCGCCAAAGUCGUUUCCUGGAAUGGGCGCAAGACCCUGGUCUUCUCGACAUAACGAAUGGAACUACGGCAUUCCUCACUGGCUUGACAUUUCGUACUGGAACCCUGAAACGUACAGGGAGGCUCGCCGCAUUCUGAAGAAGGAUCCUAACGCUCCAAUUCCGUUCACUGUCACCAAGCAGUCGAAGGUCUUCGUGCCGCGCGUGCGGAUGUAUGAGAUCCAGAUGAUGGGGGUCAUGGAGAGUGAACAGUCGAACAUUUCGAUUCCUUAUCUACUUGAAGGACAGGGUAUCUCAAGAAGGUCAAAUCACGCGAUGGCUUUGAGUCCCGCGAAUAUAAGCCCAGGAAAUUUGCCUUUCAAGCGAAACUCGCCCUUCCGACAUCAGCUGAGUGACAGCCUUCGACCCGAGCCAUUUCUCCAGAACAUAGCAAGCUCCAAAGAUGCGAUGUUGCCCAAGUCGCGAAAAUCCUCGAAGUCGGUGGUUUCGUGGAUGGACCAAUAUGACGAAGGAGUGUUCCAUCCGUUUCCUAAGCGCCGUCAGCGCCCGAAACCGACGAAGCAAAAGCGACCCAGCGAGCCAGAAGUGCAAGUGUCAAAUGCACACGAUCGACUGUCCGCUCGGUCUGUGACUCGCUUGAGGGAAAAUGAAACCAAUUCGAACGAACGCGCCCAGACGACGUAUUCCGCGCCCCGGAAGAUUGACGCCACGCUCCCGGUCCCGAAAAAACCCGUUCCUACGCGAACGGUGUCUCCGAAGAAGCCUGCUUUAAAGACCUCUUCCAGCGCCCGAAUCCCACGGAUUUCGCGUACGAUCAGCUUUGCUCUGCGGGGUCUGAGUGCCACUCCUCCCAGAGCUCAGGCGAGCACGGAAGUCAACGUCGAGCAUGCUCGCGGGCAAUCGACAGCAAACGUGAAGAAACCCUCGGGCAUGUUUGCUGAUACGCGAAGUGUGGACUCUCUCAGCAUAUCGGAUUCUGCGUCCACGAAGACCGUGAUCGAUCUCUCGACGACACCAACUACGCCCCAGAAGCAAUCUCAUAAUAGCUCAGCAAUCACCCCCUCGCGGCCCAUAGAGAUCAAGGUUCCUCAAAAGCAACCAUCCGAGGAUGAUACGGAGCAAGGCGACCGCCCUAUCACCGAGUCAUACUCAACCACAACAACUGAAAUACCUAUACCCGGUGAAGCUCGCCAUGAAGGCCGGGCCAAAAGGCCGCAUCCACGGGUGACGAUCAAUGGCAGCUCGCGGGACGCAUCCAAGAGCGCGCCUUCCAAGGCUUUGGCGCCUUGGGUUCGGUCCAUAAAUCCCUGCAAUACACCAAAAGACGUCUUACGAGACACCAGCUGGUUUGGGCGUUGGCAGCAUGCGUAUCCGAGGCCUCCACAUGUAGCCGUCGUCAAGUGGAAGAGCUUGAAAUCCCCUGCUAUCCUGCCCUUGACUACGGAAGAGUUCCCAACGGCGACCGAGCUGGCGUCGGAUUACUAUCAAACUCCCUAUCGCGUGUUCCCGAACGACGAUGCGGAGGGUGUCGAGCCGCCGAAAACACGGGGCGUGCUUCUACGUGAAAUGAUAUCGCUACGUCUAUCUCAUGGGUUCCAAAUAGUCGUCGGCAAGAACGUUGUUGAAGUGUCGGGCCAGUAUUCCCUCGAGGCACCCAACGUGUUCGAUACCCGAAGCCUGGAACGAGACGGGGCAACUGUGUUCCUGUCGAAGGGCAACACGAUCCAUCGGCUCGUGUGUAUCGACGAGGCUGAGAUCGAAGUGACUCGAUACACCCACAGAAACUCGGCCAUGCUGGCGUCCCACAAGACCAACGACUUCACUAUGUAUUCACCAGCCAUGCGCACGAUCCUGAGCCCGGAAUAUGAAGUCAAAAAUAUCCAACUGGAUCCAAUACUGGAAGAAUACAACUGGAACUACGCAGACAAUUACGUGGCCGGACAUCGCGAGUACCUCUUUAGCCCGGCUCAGCAGCUGCAAUUCUGGCGGGCGCGUUAUGUGCUGAUCCCGAUGCACUUGCAGGUCAACUCUCGCCGCCAACUGCAGUCAUACAACGAAGACAAUGAGGAAGAGAUCCAUCUGCUCGGCAUCAAUCAGCUCACGCAUAUCUGGCAGCGGCACAAGUACGUUCCGCCUGAGGAGAAGCUGUUCGACACAGCCCGCAAGAAGCGGGAGCAGAAUCCUCUGAACAUCAUGUACCAGACACGAAAUUCCUCUGAGGUCGUGGCAGCUGAACUGGAUCGAAUCAUCCUUACAGACCCCGGCCUGGACAAUUCUCCGGCCCAGCUGCUGCCGGAGUCGGAGCUGCUGGAGCGAUCAAGCAUUAGUCUGACAACGUUGGCACAACUGAUCCAGGGCGAGAAGGGCGUCCGGAUGAUGGAUCGACGGUGGCAUUGGCGUCUGCACUACAAUUGCUUCAUCGGCUUCGAACUGACGACCUGGCUUCUCCAAAACUUCCGUGACAUCGACAGCCGCGAGGAGGCAGUCGAUUUCGGCAACGAGCUGCUGAAGCACGGCCUCUUCCAGCACGUAGAGCGGCGCCACAACUUCCGCGAUGGCAACUACUUCUACCAAAUCUGCAGCGAAUACCGGGCCACUCGCCCAGAGUCUCGCGGCAGCUGGUUCCCUCAAAUCCGGGCCGACAAGCCAGCUGCCUCGACACCAACCGGAGAGAACCCUCGCGACUCGCCCAUCAGCCACUCGCGGUCAGAAAGUCUAGACGAGGCCGCUCAGCCGGCCCCAAACACACCAUCAAAGGGGAAGAAUAAGGCCACCAUCAUGCUAUCCAAGACCAUGAAAUACGACGUCGAUCCACGCAAACGAUCAAACCGCCCAGAGGUCAUCGACCUCCACUACGACCGCCUCCACAACCCCGACAAUUGCUUCCACAUCGAACUCAGUUGGAUGAACACCACCGCCAAACUGAUCGAAGACGCCGUCAUCUCCUGGGCCUCAACGGCCGAGAAAUUCGGUCUCAAACUCGUGCAAGUCCCCAUCGCCGAAGCCUGCGCCAUCGACGAAACCCAACCCUUCCGCAAACCCUACCGCGUCCAACUCAAACUUCCCCCUCCCAAGGGCCCCCUCCCAUCCCUCUUCCAAGCAUCAACCUCCUCCUCAACCACCCCAACCUCCCUUACCCAACCCUCCCCUCCAGACCGGCACUACUACCAAAAAGCCCUCCUCCGGCGCUUCGACUUCGUCCUCGACUUCGAAGCCCGCUCCGCCUUCCCCGCCGACGUCGAAGUCUCCUACUCCUGGGGCAUCCCGGACUACCGCUACCCGCAAUACAUCCACCGAUCCGGCAGCCUCCUCGUCCAAAUCACCGACGACGGCGACUUCCUCUUCCUGGCCAACCGCCUCGUCAGCACCCGCGCCGCCGCCACCAGUCGCGACCGUCUCGACCGCGACCGCGACCCGCAGCAGCAACAGCACCGCACCCGCGCCGGCACCUACGACCCCGGCGAUCGCGCCUCCCCGCGCCUCUCCCCGCUCACCCGUCCCACAAUCCUCCCCAUCCCCCACGACGUCAGCACCAGCAUCACCAACAGCCCACGCCACUUCCCCGCCUCCACCGCCGCCGCCGCAGCUAGUCUCGACUCCUCGAACUUCUACCGCGCGCCGGAACACAUCCUCACCAACUUCGAGGACUUCUGUCGGGACCCUAUCCGUCUUGAACAGUUCUAUAGCGAGUCGCAUGUUCGUCCGACGAGUACGCGCGUCGAGCCUACGGCGUUGUUGGAUACCGCUAUCCCGUCGUUGGAGUUGCCCGCCAGUGUGGUCAGCCAUCAUCCGCAUUUGGGAAUCGCCCCGGGACCUGGGCUGAUGAGUAGGGCGUCGCAUAAUGGGACGUUGCCGACGAUUGAGUCGCGGGCGAGGGCGUCGAGGGAUGAGGGGAGGAGUCCGAGAAGUGGAGCGUUGAGGCCGGUUAUGUAGGAUGUAUGUAUGUCUGUAUGUAUGUAAUAAGGAUGUUGUUGGUGGGAUUGUUGGGGAUGAUGUGUGGAUGGAUGUAUUGUGUAAUCGUAAUCUAUGGCUAAUUAUGUUGAAUGAAUUAUAUGAUUGAUAUAGC